AUGGCGGAGCUCGCGCGGAGGGCCCGGCCCCCCUCGGGCCCCCUCGGGCCCCCAUCCCCGGGGACCCCCGGCCCCGGCAGCGCCCCGGGGACCCCGGGCGGGCCCCUGUCUGCUUCUGCCCCCGCGGCCGGGGGCGGGGACGAGGGGCCGGGCCGGGGCCGCGGGAAGGUCACGGUGCGCUACGACCGAAGGGAGCUCCGCAAGCGCCUCCACCUCGAGGAGUGGAUCCUGCGGCAGCUCACGGCGCUCUACGACUGCCCGGAGGAGGAGAUCCCCGAGCUGGAGAUCGACGUGGACGAACUGCUCGACAUGGAGAGCGACGGCGCCCGCAGCGCCCGGGUGCAGGAGAUCCUCGUUGACUGUUACAAACCCACAGAGGCGUUCGUGUGGGGACCUGCUGGAGAAGAUCCGGGGAUGCAGAAACUCAACACCCCCAGAAGAAAUGACCCUCUCCCCAAAAUCUUGGGGAUCCCCCCUCCCAAUCCCA